GCAGCCGCGUGUUUAUCAGCCGCGGCAAACGAGCCGCGAGCUCCGAACGCAGCCGCCGCAGCCGCCGGGACGAGCGCUCGCGGCCGCGCACGGCGCUUCAGUUAUUGUUAGUGGGAGGAGAGCACAUGUCUUGUAAGUGAAUUUACGCUCGGCGAAGGGAGGCUCGGGCUGUUUUUGUAUUGUUGUCGACGCCCCGCCUCUGAUGGUAGCCUUAAACCUGGCACCCAGCUAAAACAAACCAAAGCCAGGACCGAGCUCCCACUCAAUCCAAUUAAGGCGGACUUGAGGCGCGCUACGUGUUCAUCUACCAGGAUCGACGUUGAGACAACAGGAACCAGAGGGGCUUUGGCCAAAAAAAAAAGAGAGAGGAGAGAUUGCCUUGCCUUCUAAUUUCUCCCUCUCCAGCCCCAGAACAAUGUCGAUGAGCCCUAAGCAUACGACUCCUUUUUCUGUUUCCGAUAUCUUGAGUCCCCUUGAGGAGAGCUAUAAGAAAGUAAGUAUGGAGAAUAACAACCUGGGGGCACCUCUCACUUCUUACCGGCAGCCGCAGGUCUCUCAGGCGGCGAUGCAGCAGCACCACAUGGGUCAUAAUGGGACUGUGUCUGCGGCUUACCACAUGACUGCGGCAGGUGUCUCCCAGCUGUCACACACGGCCAUGGGGGGCUACUGCAACGGCAACCUGGGCAACAUGGGCGACCUGCCGCCCUACCAGGACGGCAUGAGGGGCAGCGCCACGGCCGCCGGCUGGUACGGAGCCAACCCGGACCCGCGCUUCUCCACCAUUUCUCGCUUCAUGGGUUCGUCGUCCGGCAUGAACAUGGGCAGCAUGGGCAGCCUCAGCUCCCUGGCAGACGUGGGCAAAGGCAUGGGCUCUCUGUCCAGCACUCCGAGGAGGAAGAGGCGCGUGCUCUUCUCCCAGGCGCAGGUCUACGAGCUGGAGCGACGCUUCAAGCAGCAGAAAUACCUGUCGGCGCCGGAGAGGGAGCACCUGGCGAGUAUGAUCCACCUCACUCCGACCCAGGUGAAAAUCUGGUUCCAGAACCACCGCUACAAAAUGAAGAGGCAGGCCAAAGACAAGGUGUCCCAGCAGCAGAUGCAGCAGGACGGCGGCUCCUGCCAGCAGCAGCAGCAGCAGCAGCAGCAGCAGCAGUCUCCGCGGCGCGUGGCCGUGCCGGUUCUGGUGAAAGACGGGAAGCCGUGCCAGGGCAGCGGGCACACGCCCACCUCCUCCACGCAGACGCACCACCAGCAGGGAGGCAAUGUCAUGAUCAUGAGCAACAACUCGUCCGGCCUCGGGCAGCACCAGAACCCGCAGGUGGGAAGCACGGGUCACUCCCCGGACCUGGCGCCGCACUCCUCCAGUCCGCCGUCGCUGCAGAGCCAGGUCGCCGGCCUCUCCCACCUCAACUCCCCCGGCGCAGAUUACGGCUCGGCCCUGCAGUGUUCGGCGCUGUUAUACGGCAGGACGUGGUGACAGGAGGCGCCGGCCUCGCGUUAAACCUCCUUCUAUUUAAAGAAACAAACAGACUCUUUUCUGUCACGACGUCGACGCGUUUCACUGUAAAUGUGCGCACUUGAACGAACCCCGAGUGAAUUCGGCGCAGCUCUUGUUCGAAUUCCCACCUUUUGGAAUGAGGUUUGACUGCCGUGGGAGACACGUGUCCACGAAGCCGCGGAUGUUGAAAAUCCUGGGAUUUAUUUAUGUAAAUUAUAUUGAGACGAACCGCAGCAGCAGCCGCCAAAUAGGCCGCGUUAGUUGGAAAAGUCAACGUUAACAGGGACGCAUAAAACUGCAGGACUGUAUGUGGGUGCUCUGAAAUCCCCCUUAAAAACGCACACGCACGCAAGGACUCUGAUUUAUAAUAGAAUUUAAUGUAAGACGUAGACCUAGCUUGUAUAUUUCUGUAAAAGGUUCGAAUUUUAGCUAUUUGUUGUACAAAGUUUUUGACGCUAUUGCCGGUUUGUUGUCGUUUAAUUGGUAUUUGUACGUUUUAUUUCUUUGUAACUUAUAUAGAUAUUUGACUUACUACAAAACAGUCCUAUUAAUAAAUUAUGGAAACAUGGCAGUUAAGCAUUUGUUUGUGAAAUAUGUCAAGACAUGCGUAUGAAAUGGAAAUAUCCCCUAGAACAGGCUUAAGCAAAAUGACACCAAUGUGGUAUUAUUAUUAUUAUUAUUAUUAUUAUUAUUAUUAUUAUUAUUAUUAUUAUUAUUGAGGCUAUCUUGACAAUUUUUCUUUUUUUCUUCUUUUAAAAAUGGCGUGAGAUUUUUUUUUUAUUGUCGCUAAAUGGUUUAGUUUAAGGCGAACUGGCAAAACAAAAGGAAAGAACCUGUAUCGGCACUCAGGCUUUUAUUCUGUGGUGACAGUUAAUUAUUGAGCCUUCUUUCUUUUUUAUUCUCUGACAAAUCACACCGCGCUCAGGCUUAUCGUUAAUGCUGCGUGCCCUGCAGAGUAAACCGAGCCUUUAUGUGCUCUUUCUCUGUGUGUGUGUGUGUGUCCGUGUGAGUCAGAAAGGUGAGGUCUUUCGGCUCCCAACAUCAAACACAAACGUGCUCAAAGGGCAGCUUAUCGAUGAAAUCCCUGACCAAAUAGCGCGGUAUUCUUCUCAAAUCAGCGGCGAGGCGAAGCGCCGGCGCUCGGUUAUCAGCUGCUUUAUCGCUGAUCAAUGAGGGAAUGGAAAGGAUGUUUGUGCCGUCAAACAUUUAUAGUGUAGUUUGAUACGUUAAGUCUUUUAAACGGCCGUAACAAUAAAUACUAAAACAACCCGCGGUUUAUUAUAGAGUAGGUGUAGCUUUGUAAAUAAAAGGCGUAAUGAUCAUUACAGACUACUCUCCUAAUGGAGCCAUGCACGAGGUCUGAAACGGUAAACAGCGCGGUUGCUAAGCGACCGUGAUAGCGAUAGGUUGUUUUCGUUUACGGCAAAAAAUAAGUUUUGUCUGCGGUGUUUAACACGUAGACGCCACGGUCCAACCGAGCCCUCGUGUUAUUCGACCUGCUGUUGUAAAUGAGGGUUUAAACGUCGCCGGUGGUUUUCGUGCGCCUGGUUAAAAGCUUGACGCCUGUAGGUGAGGUCGUCUUUUCACCCCCGUGGCCUCCUACGCUUUAAAUUCCCCCUCUGUGACUGAAGUUCCUCCGCGCAGCGUCACGUUCGGUCGAAGCUCCGGCGAAAGGAGAAAUCAAAGGUCGCGUGGAUUAUUUCUCUGUGCAACUGCAGCGGCCUGAGCCCCAACCUGCACAUCUGAUGCUUUUAGAUGGGAUCGCUCAUUUUUCCCUUUUCACGUCCUAUUUUUACUGCCGUGUUCCACAUAUAAGUAAAAUACGGUGUUACAAAAGUCACCGUUACUGCCACAAACACGCAUUCACGCGUUCUCGGAUAUUAUGAGAUCCGGAGAUUUUUCGCCCAAACUCUUCGCGACUCUGCGGCCGCCUGUAGUUUGUGGCCACCAUGCAGACAGGCCCACAAACAGAACCCCCUCUGAUUGAAAUCUCAGCAGCAUCACAACCAUCUCGUGUCAGGUAUUUUGCAGCGCCGGUUUUGUUCGGGGGAGAAGUGAGAACUUUGGGAUUACAUUAACAUGUCUUUGGCGCGGUGUGUGGUCUUUGUGUGCAGCUUGUAGCUGUUGAGAAUGACUUGUUGGAAGCGUGUGUGCUCUCAUCGCUCUCUUUGUAGCAACUCCCCAAGUCCUCCUGGCUUUUUGCUGGGCUGGUCUCCAUGAACCCCGAGCAAUUAGUUCCUAAUCUCAAGGCAAUCAUAUUAGAGUUAGUGACCAGCGGUGAGUUUUAUUCGCCUGCUUUAGCCUCAGUAUUUCUUUUAGGAUCAUAUUUAACACCCAGAGCUUGUGUUUUAUCCAUCAGCUGAAUUAACACUGAAUUUUCUUUUUAAGAUGAAUUCAAACACGUAAAUCUGCAAUAAACAAUUAUGCAUAAACAAGACUUGAUUUAAAUCUCUACAGCGACUUCAUGAAGUCAAAGCAAAUUAUAUAAUUAAGAAUGACUAUUAAUGAGUUAAUUAUUUUUGCAAUGUGCACCGUGAAGGUCAAUCUCAUUUACCAUCAUCAAGUUGGGCAUUUAUUUUUAAAAAAGUUUUAUUUCUAAUUCUCUUUUGUCGUCACCGCACACGCACUAUUUCACGGAAACGAACCUGAAAUGGAGAGAGCGUGUGACACAGGCUCCACCAGAGGCUGCGUGUUCUGAAACCUGAAUAACCUGAAAAUUGGUGUUGAGGCUUGUGGCGAGUCUUGCUGCAGAAGCAUUAAUUGGGUUCCUUGAUAGAGGGCCACACGCCUCACGAUUUAAAAAGCGAAAUCUGAAAUGAUUCGUAAAACGAAACCAGAAUCAGAUAAUUAAAAGAGCAAGACGCAUAUUAAUGUGUUAAGAAUAAAGACAUGGAGCCAGUAGGACAAACAAAAGCACAUGAACGAGGGUGUUGCAUUUGCAUUAGGACAUUUGAAAUGCGUUAUUAAAUUUCAAACAAAUAUGUACCUUGUUAAUUUAUUUGCUUGGUGCUGUCCAAGGUGCUGAAACAUGACAUGUUUUGGAAAAUCACCCUAAAAGCAAUGUUUCUAAUUAAAAUAAAAUGUGCGGCGAAACACACGCCAGGUCAUAAUCAUACGAAGAGGAAUCUAACACACUUUCAGCGUCAGGAACUCGGCAGAGCUGUGAAAAUUCAUAAUAACCUUGUUUACGGGUUGUUUAAAAAAUACCCACUCUCUUCUUUUAAAACACAGCCACUCACGCUCCUCUUUCUUAAGUUCCUGAACAUUUUAUUGCAGCAGGCCCGAGCAUUCAUGCGCGUUACAAACAGGACAAUUACGCAGCAACUGCAAUCACCCCCUUGGGUAAAUGUUACUGUCAGCUAGCUGCAAAAAAUCUUUAAUUGUCCUGCGUUUAUCUGGUUCUUCAAGCCAUUGUGCAAAGAGCGCAAACGAGGGUCAUUUGUGAACUGAAAUACUUUGCAUGCAAAGCGGAGAACAAGAUGCUGUAAUACUUGACCUUUCAGCAUAAUUGUUGCAGGCAUGAAAUGCAGCAUUCAGAGCUCGCUGAGUGGAGACUUUUUUCUCUCCUUCCCCCUGAUGAACAAAGCGCAUUUUAUACGUCUUCGGUGUUCAUUUGGCUUUGUUUCUUUCAAAGGAAAUUUCACUGGGACUGGCUGCAAUUUAACUUCAUUUUAAUAAUGCAACCGAGGCGGGAAUAACGGCGCAAAUCACGGGAUUUCUCAAUUCAAGACUCUACAAUAGGCUGCAUGCGUGUCCCCCCCGGAAACUUGUAAAUGGAUGUGUUGUCAUUAUUUUGACAUGGCAGGCCUUUGUCUAAAUGUCUGGCUCAAGGACACUUCAGAAAACAGACUGGACUCGAACCCAUGUCUUCAUGUCUGAUUCAUUUCUGUAAUGAACGAGUGAAAGUUAUUAAAAAAAUGUGGAGUCUUCAGAAGUACGAUCUAAGGACCAACUGCUCAAGUGAUUUACCCCAAAGCUGCUUAUUUAUUUGUGAACAUGUGUUUUGUGAUCAACAUAGUUUGCAAGGAAACAAAACAAAAAAAAAACACCCAAUAGGCAAAGUAAAAAAGAAGCAAAAGAAAUAAAAGUAUACACAGCAUAAAUAAACAUUAUCAUGGAGGUACCUCAUCAAAAUGUUAAUGCUCAGUGUGUAUAAUCCUCAGUUUUUGUGAAAGUGGAAGUUUUGUGUUUAACAUAGAAAAUGCAUAAAGUUCCCCAAAGACAAGUGGGAGAAAAAUGAGAGAGAACUGGUGGAAACAUAACAACUGUGGUCUGCCAGAAUCUAUCUGUUAAAUGUUUACAUUGUUUGCUUACAUUUACAGGCUAAUGUGUGUUUAAACCUUUUGCUAAAGCGUUUCCUUCUGAUGCUUGUUUUCACAAGUUAAAACCUAAACGUGUGUUUUUGGGUACAAAGUACUUUGUACUAAGUACAAACCACCUAGUUGUUGUGUCUUCCACAGUUUUAAAAGACUAGAAAAUAUCAUGUUGUGAACAUGUGAUAGCGGUAAAAGUGCUUUUAAUGGUGGUAUCAUCUGCAUAGAGGUUGAAGCAGGGGUGAGAGUGAAGCUAGUCUCUUUAGAUCAGAGAGUAAGACAUUUCCUAGUGAAACAUAACAUGUGGAGGAAUAUAGGUAUUGGACUCGAAUAAACUUCACAACGUGUUUGGCUAUUACACUUUUUGCUUUCUGCUUUGCUGUUUUUAUUUUGAUGGUGUCUUUGAAGAACAUUUGUCGCUGACACUAUUUGUCGAAACCUUCAUUGGUUGAUUUACCUAAAUCAAUGAAUACCUGCCUCACGUUAGUCAAUAGUUAGUUAAAUGCAGCAAAUGAAUGUUCAUGUAUGGGAUUAGAAUAUCUUUGUUUGGUCAAAAGGAAGUGAACUCUCAGUCUUUUGUCUGUUGAUAUUUGAGCACUGAGCAUUUUUAAUUGUUAAAAUAAACCGGGGCUUAAAUAUUUCUUCGUUAAAGAAACAAAUAAAACAAGAAAGACAUAACCAUUACUUUCCCCACACAUAGUUUUAUCACCUUCUUUGCCUUCGCUCUUAGCAUCCUUGUGUCAAAACCAAGUAUAUUUACCAGCUUGUGUGUGAUUUGUAAUUGUCAGCACAAUGAAAUCCUUUAAUGACGACUUGUUAAGGCAGUUUCUUCACAUCAGCCCUGUGAAGCUGUCAUAUAAAUAAUUUGUUAGUCAUGUAUUUUUGUUAAAAUGUUAGUUAAGGCUAUAGCAGCUUCCUAAAGCCAUUGUAUAAGACCACAUAUGGGUAUAACUUCCACCCUAAUGCUAAUUGUGAAAACUGAGUUAAGAAUUGUCCAUUCAGCUUUGUGAGACAGAUGACUCGUAAAAAAUACCAUGUAAUCCAAUGAUGACAUAAAAUCUAGUUUUAUUUGUUAAUGUGAUGUCACUUCUAAACAAGUAAGGAAAUUCGUUCACGCGUACAAAAACUAUUGAAUCCAUUUUUUCCUUCUAAAAUCGCUAUAAUGUUUACCUCAAAUAUCUUUAAAAGCAGAGUGAGAAAUAUAUUUUGCUCAAGCCAUCGUCAUAUU